AUGACUAUCAGAACCAUUCCCAUUCCUCCUUCGCCACCCCGGUCUACGGACGGUGAUCCGUCGCCGGAAAAGAUCUAUCAACAGACCGCACCACAUCCUCCUCUCUACAACACGGUUGACCCGAUCAAGAUGCAAAGCGAUGAGAUCAAUUCAGGGUUUGUGCCGCAGGCAGUGUCAACGCUCUAUGCCUCUCCUUCGCCAUACUUCCAGCCCGCCUUGCAAUAUCCCGCGAUGCCACUCCAGGCCCAGAUGAUCGUGCCAGGCCCCAAUACCAAUACGCCCCCUCCAACUUCAGAUGAGGAACUUGUUCCUUGUCCAGUUGGAACGCCGCCACCAAGAAACUCGCCGCCACGCCGGCGUGCGCCAACUCCCAAAGCCAAGCUCAGCCGGUCACCUAAAGCGCGGCGAACUCGCGAGCGCAGAGAGGCAGAUACGCCUGACACCUCGUUCGAUUCUUCUUCUUCAAAAGAAUUGUACAUCCCGCUGCCGCUGAGCGAGCUGACCAAGCACAUGACGGAUGUCCCCGUCAAGGACAUCGAAAGCUACGUGAACAGAUCAUUCGAGGAGCGCUGGGAAGAGGUCAAGCAGAAGGGAAGGAUCACCCGGCCGAUGAACUCGUUCAUGCUCUACAGGUCGGCAUACACGGAUCGCAUCAAGCGAUAUCUGAACCAGACCAAUAACCAGGCCGUUUCGCGCGCCUGUGGCUUGGGUUGGAAAAUGGAGCCGAAGUACAUCCGCGAGAAAUACGAGCGAUAUGCUUGCAUCGAGCGCGACGAGCACGCCAAAGCACAUCCGGACUACAAGUUCUCGCCAUCCAAGGACAACAAGGUCCCUCCAGCUCGGAAACGACAGAGUGCAGACGAAGCGACCAACACCCCAUCCUCAACCUGCGAUCCCGCAACCCCCAGCGACUGGGAUGAUGUCGAUUACCACAGCAAUCCGGGUUCAUCAUUCCUCCUGCACAGCCGCUGGCAGAGCUUCGACGUCAACCGCCUACGCAACAGCAGCCGCACCUCCACUCCCUUUGACGCAGAGCCUGUGCGAAUGCCCAGCUCUUGGAGCAUGAGCUAUCCAGGCCGCAUGGAGGCUCCCCACGGUCUGCCAACCAUGGUGCACCCCAGCUCUCUGCAAAUGGACAUGCACUACCGCCGUCCUAGCCCUCCUCCCCAAGAUGCGCAAUUCGGCUCACCCAGCAGCACCCUGGCCGCUCUCCCCGGUGCCACACACCACGAGCUGCUCCAACCUCAGCCGAUGUAUCCGGUUGCCACUCAUCUGACAGAGGCCAGCCACCUGGACCCCCAGCUCCUCUCCUACGACAGCGACCUUCCUCCGGCUGAGAGUGGCACAGCCUUUGUCACGCCGCCUUCUUACCCUGUUUGGAAUGACGACGCUGCUGCCAACACCUACUUGACCACCUCGGGGUCUUCUGUGCCUCCAAGUCCGGCUUCGUACUACCCCACACAAAUCGCCCCUGUGUAUCACCACCACCAGGGCCUGCAUAUGGCUGAUGGUCGGGACCCGUCGUGGGAUAUACACCACCAUGAAGUCAGCAGCACUGAGUUUGAGCCUUGGUUUGAACAGCAGCCAGGCUAUUAA